CGGAAGUGUUAGACGCGGAAGCAAAGCCAAGUAUAAAACCUCAAAAUGACUGGACGCACCAUGUUCAAGAAGCUUUUGCAAUAGAUUCAUUUAUUGUAGACAGCCAUUUAUGAACGCAUACAUUUAAUCUCACAAGUUAGUUGUGAAAGCCGUGUGCGUUGUGCAAAUAUCAUGUUGUCAACCGGAGAGGCUUUGCUACGCGCGGUGGAGACACCGCUCUUCUGGAUCGGUGCGCUGACUGCGGCCUAUUUCUCAGUGUGCUCAAUAUAUCGGUUGCUGUCCGGGUUCAGAGUGUGGGUGCUGGGGAAUGGACGGUUGGUAUCACCUGCUAAACUCGGGAAAUGGGCAGGUGAGUAGCUAGCAAGCAAUAUUUAUAUAAAGACAAUGUUUGCAUGGCCUCACCAUUGCUUUAUGGCGUGUUUAUGUUUUAUUUUAUUUCAAGUAUUUGUCGCUGAUGAAAGAUAAGAGCCAUAUGUUUCGAAAGCCGUAUCUCAAGCGAUAAUUAUUGACGUUUCUAAACGUUAAAACACAGUGUAUGAAUUGUAGUUCACAUGAGCCAUUCGUGGGCGAAGCUAAUGGCUCAAAACUGUAGGGAGAAGUCAGAAUGCCGCCUAGAGUUUGAGAGCUAGUAAUGGGGUAGCCCUACAUGUACUUCAAAACCAGUGACCCUCGACCCACUACAGUAUGGUUCAGGUCAGUUUAUAGUGUGAAUCAGACAAUACUUUCUCCUAGUUAUCAGUAGGAUAUUGUAGCUAGUAGAAUAAAUGUAGUUAUCAGUAGGAUAUUGUAGCUAGUAGUCUACAUUUAGUUCUCCUAGCUAUCAGUAGGACAUUGUAGCUAGUAGAAUACAUUUACAGUGUUUCCCCUAGGAUUUCUUUUCUGCAGUGGUGGUAAAGUUAACCUGGGGGGCAGGCACGGUUUUAGAGGCCAACUGUAGAGACAAAAAUGUUCUGUUUUUAAAUGUCAUUUCCUGCACUUCUACACAUUUUGCCGUGGUUUAUGCUCUCUGAGUGACUCUAACAUUAUAACUAAAUCAAUGGGGCCCCAAUGCCAUAAUAUUUUUAAAAUUGUAGAUUCUCCCUGACUGUCUAGUUUUUAUUUUGGCAAUGGCUAGUUCUCAAAGAUCUUAUAAAAAAAGAUAUUGCUCUGUUAACUUUACUACGUACUUUAUAUCUGGUUUUAGUCGUUUAAGUUUACACUGAAAACGUUUUACCAUCCUGAAAAAAUAUUUAGGAAUGUUACUGUAAAUCUCUUAAUUGUUUUUAUUUAUUUAUUUAUUUUUUGGGGGGGUGCCCACUGCUAAAUGCAUGUAGGGGAAAGGCUGGCCAGCCCUAUUGUCCUUUGGAACCCACAGCGGACUCUGUGGUUCCUAGACAACACAUCAGUAUUGCGUAGGAAUGGCAUGAGUCUGCCUUUCCUCACAGAAGUGAGUAAUAGGCUACAUUAAUGUUUACCCAACCUUAUUGCUAGGGCAAGGCCAUUUAUCCAUUCAGGGUUACAUAAUCAGGGUUACAUCAACAGGGUUACCACAUCAGGAUUACCACCUUUGGGGUGGCAGGUAGCUUAGAGCGAGUAACCGAAAGGUCCCUAGUUCGAAUCCCUGAGCCGACAAGGUGAAAAAUCAGUCAAUGUGCCCUUGAGCAAGGCACCUAACCCUAAUUGCUCCAGGGUCACCGUUGAUUAUGGUAGACCCUGGCAUGUGUGGAAUAUGUGUGAAUCAGUCUCCCGAGUGGCGCAGUGGUCUAAGGCACUGCAUCGCAGUGCUAGCUGUGCCACUAGAGAUCCUGGUUCGAAUCCAGGCUCUGCUGUAGCCGGCCGCAACCGGGAGACCAACCGGGAGACCAAUGGGGCGGCGCACAAUUGGCCCAGCGUCGUCCAGGGUAGGGGAGGGAAUGGCAGGCAGGGAGGUAGCUCAGUUGAUAGAGCAUGGUGUUUGCAACGCCAGGGUUGUGGGUUCGUUUCCCACGGGGGGCCAGUAUGAAAAUAAUAAUGUAAGUCGCUCUGGAUAAGAGCGUCAGCUAAAUGACGUAAAUGUAAAUGAAUAUGCAAAAAACACAUUUCCAAUUCACACGUGUAUUGACACACUGGUACAUGUGUGAAAUGGGAGAAGAGCACCCACCUAAUUAUUAUAUUUGAGUCCAUCCAUCUUUGAAGUGCAACCACCAGUUUAGGGCAUGCGUUGACCAUGUGACUGCAAAACACAGCUGUGGCUAUCGCACCCAGAAGUGGACUAGCUCCAGAAAGUUUUUACAUAAUUGAAAUCCCAUUUUGAAAUCAAAAUAAACCCCUGGAAAUUAAAUUAAAGCACGUGACAAAACGUUUGUGCUAACGUUCAACUCCUGUGUUUUGGCAAAUGACACGUAGUACAAGGAAUGGAAUGUUAACACCAAACAGGUCUGGAUUUCAGGCUAGCUGUCAAGGCCUGCUGAAUGGCAGUCUUAUCCUGGUCUGCUGAUUUUAAAGUACAGGUUUGCUCAUGUUUGCAGCAAAGGGAAAUUAUAAAUAUGGGGACAUUUCAACCAAGUUUGACAUGCAUUAUGUAGCUUAUUUAGAAACACUGUGAAUAGCUAUUGGACAGCUCUUCCCCCUUGCUCACUGACGCAGAGGUGACUGAGAGAAUGGCCUGAUUAUGUAAGAAGACUAGAGCCAUUCAUAAAGGAGGCAGAGGACUCUGGGUGUUCUGUUUAAAUUACACUUACCGCUGUGCGUGUUGUGGAGCAGCAUCACGUAAAAGAGGGUGCAUAUCUCUAGCCCCACCUCCCAUUUCAUAAAGGCCGAUAUUCACCAUCUUUCUGUGCGUUCACCUCCCAUUCAUAAAAACCUAUAUUCACCAUCUUUCUGUGCGUUCACCUCCCAUUCAUAAAAGCCAAUAUUCACCAUCUUUCUGUGCGUUCACCUCCCAUUCAUAAAAGGCGAUAUUCACCAUCUUUCCCUCCCCCCUCGUCCCGUUCUGAGCUUCCCCCACCCUGUCUUUUUCUGUCUCGACACAAUGGUUAUUUAGACAAUUCUAUUGUCAAGUCCUUUUAUUGAAAUGCAUUGGCUCAUGGGUAAUAUCUGGUGUGCUUGACAGAUUUGUUGGACACUGGUAACCAUAAGUGGAUCGCUCCUCUCUCUGUCAUUGGUUGAAGGAGGUCGUUCUCAGGUCAUGUACUGACGCACAUUGUUACGUUCCACACCGGUGUUCUUCUGACUGCUUCAAGAACGACAGGAAGGGGGAUCCUUUGGAACAAAAAAUGAAACGCAAGUUUAAAAAAGUUAAUAUUUUCCUAGAAUUUAUUACAAUUGACUAAAAACAAAUAUGCUUUGGAGGAGGGAUCUUUGACACUGCAUUUGUAAAUCAUUAUUUAGAAAUAAUUGCUGAAAGUUGGGAUAUUAAUUCAAUAUUGGCCACUUUAUCAACUGAAAAUGUGCAAUUUGAGGAAAAAAGCUAAAGUGUAAAUGCAGGCUGAGACUUGAGCUUUACGCCAUAAAUGGGAUUUAUGAUGUGUGAAAAACAUUGCAUUUUUAGAGAUUUAGCUAUUUCGCCACAGUUCCUCCACCUUGCCUCCUCUUAGCAAUGGCUGCAUCACUAAAUACAGGCCAGGAGAUGACGUCUGUCUGGAUAUUGUUCAGUAUUGUAUAUAGAUAAACAUGUACCCCCUAUCCAAGGAGGCAUGCUACUGUACAAAGUGGUGGUCUGAACAGAAUAUGCAACACAUUUUUAAGACUAAAGAACCAGGGGUUGUAGAACCAGGGGUUAGCCAUGAAAUUGUUUGUAAAAAAAGUAAGACAGAUGAAUAAGGUGUGUGUUUCCAACCGUCCAUAAGUAAGAGGAAAGAUGGGGCGAGGAAUGCUGAGGUGUGUGAAGAACCGCUGGGAGCAGCAGCUCGUUGGUAUUCUGUGCAGCGACUGUUCUAGACGAGGUUGCAGCCUUCUGCUAUUUUAAAUCUGCAGUUCUUUUUUUAGCUCAGAAUAUUCAGCAGCAGAAGCACCGCUGUCUGUGACUGAGAGGCAGGGCUUUUUUUAUUGUGAUUUUAAAAAUAAAUAAAAAACUUUUUUUUUGGAUUUUUAUAACCACAUUUUAGUUUCUUGACGAUAUGAAGAUGUUGGAUGCCAUUCAAGGCCGUCUAGGUUAGGUCCUAUGAGUAGAGAUUCUUCCAUAACCUAGCAUAUAUUUGAUGGGGGCUCUUCAAAUUGACACUUUUUUAAAUUUUUAUUUGAGUGAAUGGAAGGAACAUGCCUUGAGCUCCAAACAUUGAGUUUAAUUCUUAAACAAUGUUAAAAUAACCAGGGGAAGCUUUGCCCUGUCGUCCAUACAGACUCUCCCUCACUUCCCCUCUGUUCAAUCGCUCCGUUCUAUUUUUAGCUGGUCCCAGGAUCCAUGGUCAUCUCUCUCCCUCCCUCCUCUCUGGUCUCGUGCCUGGCUGCUUCUCAUCUUCCUCUGCUUUAAUCACCAAGGCAACAGCAGUGGAGAGUUGGGUAUAGUGCAGGAGGGAUGGGUGGAGAGUUGGGUAUAGUGAAGGUGGAGAGUUGGGUAUAGUGCAGGAGGGAUGGGUGGGGAGUUGGGUAUAGUGAAGGUGGAGAGUUGGGUAUAGUGAAGGUGGAGAGUUGGGUAUAGUGAAGGUGGAGAGUUGGGUAUAGUGAAGGUGGAGAGUUGGGUAUAGUGAAGGUGGAGAGUUGGGUAUAGUGAAGGUGGAGAGUUGGGUAUAGUGAAGGUGGGGAGUUGGGUAUAGUGAAGGUGGGGAGUUGGGUAUAGUGAAGGAGGGGGGGUGGGGAGUUGGGUAUAGUGAAGGUGGGGAGUUGGGUAUAGUGAAGGUGGGGAGUUGGGUAUAGUGAAGGUGGGGAGUUGGGUAUAGUGAAGGUGGGGAGUUGGGUAUAGUGAAGGUGGGGAGUUGGGUAUAGUGAAGGUGGGGAGUUGGGUAUAGUGAAGGUGGGGAGUUGGGUAUAGUGAAGGAGGGGAGUUGGGUAUAGUGAAGGAGGGGGGGUGGGGAGUUGGGUUAUAGUUGAAGGUGGGGAGUUGGGUUAUAGUGAAGGUGGGGAGUUGGGUUUAUAGUGAAGGUGGGGAGUUGGGUAUAGUGAAGGAGGGGGGGUGGGGAGUUGGGUAUAGUGAAGGUGGGGAGUUGGGUAUAGUGAAGGAGGAAUGGGUGGAGAGUUGGGUAUAGUGAAGGAGGGGGGGGGGGGAGUUGGGUAUAGUGAAGGAGGGGGGGUGGGGAGUUGGGUAUAGUGAAGGAGGGGGGUGGAGAGUUGGGUGUAGUGAAGGAGGGAUGGGUGGAGAGUUGGGUAUAGUGAAGGAGGGAUGGGUGGAGAGUUGGGUAUAGUGAAGGGGGGGGGGGGGUGGGGUUGGGUGUAGUGAAGGAGGGAGGGGGGUGAGUGGAGAGUUUGAGAGCUGGAAAACAAAGUAUUUUGCUGCUCUAGCUUGCGGUUUGAGGGUGAGAGGGAGGCAGCCUCACUUGGUUCUAUUUUGAACCUGAGGUGAGGCCAACUGAGCCCACUGACAGCAGGUAAAGGCUAAAUAAAGCUACUGCUGUCUCUGCAGUGCCAGGCUGCCUGCACCGGGGUGGCAGAAGAAGGCCAAGGAGCCUGUCCUGCUGCACCCUUCCUCCCCGCCAUCUCAGUACCGGUAGUCCUCUUCCUCCUCAAUCUUUACAUAUUUAUUUUCGUAUCUUCCUCCUCAUCUUUAUCAAUAUUAUAUAAUCUUCCUUCGUUAUAUUCUAUUCGUAUAUAUAUAGUAACAUAUAUCUCUAUCGUCCCAUCAUCUCUCUAUCGUCCUAUCUAAUCUAUUAGUCCCUACUUCUAUCUCUCUCCUCUCUCUAUCUCUAUCUCUCUGACUCUCUCUCUCUAUAUAUCGUCACUUCCUCUAUCUCUCUCUCUAGUCUCUAUCUCUCUCUAUCGUCCUCUCUAUUCUCUCUAGUCAUCAUCUCUCUCUCUCGUCUACUCUCUCUCUCUCUCUAUCUCUUCUCCUCUGUCCUCCUCUCUCUCUCUCUCUCUGUCCUCCUCUCUCUCUCUCUCUCGUCUCCUCUCUCUCUGCUCUCUCGUCCUCCUCUAUCUCUCGUCUCUCGUCUCUUCAUAUCGCUAAUCGUCUCACUCUCUCAUGCGCUCUGUCUCCUUCUCUAGCUAUCUCGCCUCCUCUCUAUUCGCUCUCUCGAUCUCUAUCUCUCUCUCUUCUCGUUCUCUCUCUCUCUGUCGAUUAGCUCUCUCUAUCUCUCGUCCUCCUCUCUCUCUUCGCUAUCCUUCUUCUCUCUCUCUCUCUCUCUCUGCUCUCUCUACUCUCUCAUGUCUCUCUCUCUCUCGUCCUCUGUCUCUCUCUCUCGUCCUCUGUCUCUCUCUCUCUCGUCCUCUGUCUCUCUCUCUCGUCCUCUGUCUCUCUCUCUCGUCCUCUGUCUCUCUCUCUCGUCCUCUGUCUCUCUCGCUCGUCCUCUGUCUCUCUCGCUCGUCCUCUGUCUCUCUCGCUCGUCCUCUGUCUCUCUCGCUCGUCCUCUGUCUCUCUCGCUCGUCCUCUGUCUCUCUCGCUCGUCUCGUCUCUCUCGUCCUCCUCUCUCUCUCUCUCUCUCGUCCUCCUCUCUCUCUCUCUCUCUCCGUCCUCCUCUCUCUCUCUCUCUCUCUCGUCCUCCUCUCUCUCUCUCUCUCUCUCGUCCUCUCGCUCGUCCUCUGUCUCUCUCGCUCGUCCUCUGUCUCUCUCGCUCGUCCUCUGUCUCUCUCGCUCGUCCUCCUGUCUCUCGCUCGUCCUCCUCUCUCUCUCUCUCUCGCGCUCGUCCUCUGUCUCUCUCGCUCGUCACUCUGUCUCUCUCGCUCGUCCCUCGUCUCUCUCGCUCGUCCUCUGUCUCUCUCGCUCGUUCCUCGCUCGUCCUCUGUCUCUCUCGCUCGUCCUCUGUCUCUCUCGCUCGUCCUCUGUCUCUCUCGCUCGUCCUCUGUCUCUCUCUCUCGUCCUCCUCUCUCUCUCUCUCUCUCUCGUCCUCCUCUCUCUCUCUCUCUCUCUCGUCCUCCUCUCUCUCUCUCUCUCUCGUCCUCCUCUCUCUCUCUCGUCCUCUCGCUCGUCCUCUGUCUCUCUCGCUCGUCCUCCUGUCUCUCGCUCGUCCUCCUCUCUCUCUCUCUCUCGCUCGUCCUUCUCUCUCUCUCUCUCUCGUCCUUCUCUCUCUCUCGCUCGUCCUCCUCUCUCUCUCUCUCUCUCUCUCAAAUGACCGUACCACAGGUGGCAGUGGAAGGACACAGAAUGCAUUGUUCAUGUCAUCAUUUUUAUGUGGCAUAUAAUUUUUCACAACAUUUAUACAAAUAUUUAAAUGCUGAUGUAUUUCACCCAGGUCUGAUGCAUUGACUGAGUACUGCUUGACACAAAUAGGCUUGUGACCACGUUGACUAGAAUGGAAUCUGUGUGCUCUUGCGCUUUUAGUGUUUUUUUUUCGGGGUCAGUUUUGUGUGCAGUGUGUUUGUUUACCCUUGACUAAAACCCCCUCUCCCCUCGUUCGUCUUCCCCCUCUCCCCUCGUUCGUCUUCCCCCUCUCCCCUCGUUCGUCUUCCCCCUCUCCCCUCGUUUGUCUUCCCCUUCAGUUGUGACGGGAGCCACUGAUGGAAUCGGGAAAGCCUAUGCGGAGGAGGUAAGAGAUUCCCGGAGUUUCAGACAUUUCAGGCCCCUCUAUGGGAAAACCACAGUGAUUCAUCAGAGAGAGAGGGGGGGGGAGAGAGAGGUUUAACCAUGAGGUCGGAAGUAGUGACUGUCUCUCACACACACGCACACACACACACGUUUGCCUUUUGCGAGCAAGCGCUGAGGGAUUAAUGGUCCUAUGUAGCUCAAUUGGUAGAGCAUAGCGCUUGUAACGCAAGGGUAGUGGGUUCGAUCCCCGGGACCACCCAUAAGUAAACAUGUAUGCACACAUGACUGUAAGUGGCUUUGGAUAAAAGCGUCUGCUAAAUGGCAUAUUAUAUUAUUAUGCUGCAUAGCCAGGGCAGAAUUCAUUUUAAAGUACAAUCAUUUGUCAAAGGAUUUCCCAUCAGUUGACAGCCUCAUAAUAAAUGGCCUGCUUGAUAACAGUUAGUGCUAUCCUUCUCAGUGUUGAUGAUGGGUGUUGUGAUUUGAGUGUUUUAGAUCGUGGAUUUGGGUGCAGUUGGGUGUGGUAGUGUUGAAUGUUUGACCCUCUUUAAUGGCCGGUCUUAAUGAUGGUCUUAGUGUUCAGUGUCCAUGUUGAUGUUGGUUUCUAGCAGUUGGUCUGUCUCCACAGCUGGCUCGGAGGGGGUUUUCCAUUGUGCUGAUCAGCCGCACCCAGGAGAAGCUGGAUGAUGUGGCCAAGUCCAUCGGUGAGUGGUUACAACUGGGGCAUGUUCAUUAGGCAGAAAACAGGAACAAACUGGGAGGGAAUACCUGGGCUCGCAUUUUUGUUUCCCGUUGUAAAAUAUGUUAAAACACUUUCCGUUGCUUCCCCUAACCAACGCAAACCUGUUUGUGUGAUCGUGUAGAUGGAUAUCUGGACCUGUUGGUGUAGAUGGAUAUCUGGACCUGUUUGGUGUAGAUGGAUAUCUGGACCUGUUUGGUGUAGAUGGAUAUCUGGACCUGUUGAUGUGUGUUGGUGUAGAUGGAUAUCUGGACCUGUUUGGUGUAGAUGGAUAUCUGGACCUGUUUGGUGUAGAUGGAUAUCUGGACCUGUUUGGUGUAGACGGAUAUCUGGACCUGUUUGGUGUAGACGGGUAUCUGGACCUGUUUGGUGUAGACGGAUAUCUGGACCUGUUUGGCGUAGACGGGUAUCUGGACCUGUUUGGCGUAGACGGGUAUCUGGACCUGUUUGGUGUAGAUGGAUAUCUGGACCUGUUUGGUGUAGACGGGUAUCUGGACCUGUUUGGUGUAGACGGGUAUCUGGACCUGUUUGGUGUAGACGGAUAUCUGGACCUGUUUGGUGUAGACGGGUAUCUGGACCUGUUUGGCGUAGACGGGUAUCUGGACCUGUUUGGCGUAGACGGGUAUCUGGACCUGUUUGGUGUAGAUGGAUAUCUGGACCUGUUGGUGUAGAUGGAUAUCUGGACCUGUUUGGUGUAGACGGAUAUCUGGACCUGUUUGGUGUAGAUGGAUAUCUGGACCUGUUUGGUGUAGACGGGUAUCUGGACCUGUUUGGCGUAGACGGGUAUCUGGACCUGUUUGGCGUAGACGGGUAUCUGGACCUGUUUGGCGUAGACGGGUAUCUGGACCUGUUUGGCGUAGACGGGUAUCUGGACCUGUUUGGCGUAGACUGGUAUCUGGACCUGUUUGGUGUAGACGGGUAUCUGGACCUGUUUGGUGUAGACGGGUAUCUGGAUAUGAAUACCAUACAGAAGGCAUCAUGGAGUGCUUGUUCCUCUGUGUGGAGGAGAAGUUCCAUACUGGUGAGUUUGAGUAAUAUUACAUGCUACACACAGUCAGUUUGGAAGUGAGGCUGUUGACAAGCCAACAAUAUCUUUACAUUGAUGGUGAGUGAUGCUGGUAUAUUCCAACAGGACACUAGGAGUCCUCUGUGGACUGUUUUAAUGGAGCUGUGGUAUUGUGACUGGUUUUUAUAAUGGAGCUGUGGUAUUGUGACUGGGUUUUAUAAUGGAGCUGUGGUAUUGUGAGUGGUUUUUAUAAUGGAGCUGUGGUAUUGUGACUGGGUUUAUAAUGGAGCUGUGGUAUUGUGACUGGGUUUUAUAAUGGAGCUGUGGUAUUGUGACUGGGUUUUAUAAUGGAGCUGUGGUAUUGUGACUGGGUUUAUAUUGGAGCUGUGGUAUUGUGACUGGGUUUUAUAAUGGAGCUGUGGUAUUGUGACUGGUUUUUAUAAUGGAGCUGUGGUAUUGACUGGUUUUUAUAAUGGAGCUGUGGUAUUGUGACUGGGUUUAUAAUGGAGCUGUGGUAUUGUGACUGGUUUUUAUAAUGGAGCUGUGGUAUUGUGACUGGUUUUUAUAAUGGAGCUGUGGUAUUGUGACUGGUUUUUAUAAUGGAGCUGUGGUAUUGUGACUGGGUUUUAUAAUGGAGCUGUGCUAUUGUGACUGGGUUUUAUAAUGGAGCUGUGCUAUUGUGACUGGGUUUUAUAAUGGAGCUGUGGUAUUGUGACUGGUUUUUAUAAUGGAGCUGUGGUAUUGUGACUGGUUUUUAUAAUGGAGCUGUGGUAUUGUGACUGGGUUUUAUAAUGGAGCUGUGGUAUUGUGACUGGGUUUUAUAAUGGAGCUGUGGUAUUGUGAGUGGGUUUUAUAAUGGAGCUGUGGUAUUGUGACUGGUUUUUAUAAUGGAGCUGUGGUAUUGUGACUGGUUUUUAUAAUGGAGCUGUGGUAUUGUGAGUGGUUUUUAUAAUGGAGCUGUGGUAUUGUGACUGGUUUUUAUAAUGGAGCUGUGGUAUUGUGACUGGUUUUUAUAAUGGAGCUGUGGUAUUGACUGGUUUUUAUAAUGGAGCUGUGGUAUUGUGACUGGUUUUUAUAAUGGAGCUGUGGUAUUGUGAGUGGUUUUUAUAAUGGAGCUGUGGUAUUGUGAGUGGUUUUUAUAAUGGAGCUGUGGUAUUGUGACAGGUUUUUAUAAUGGAGCUGUGGUAUUGUGACUGGUUUUUAUAAUGGAGCUGUGGUAUUGACUGGUUUUUUUAAUGGAGCUGUGGUAUUGUGACUGGUUUUUAUAAUGGAGCUGUGCUAUUGUGAGUGGUUUUUAUAAUGGAGCUGUGGUAUUGUGACUGGUUUUUAUAAUGGAGCUGUGGUAUUGACUGGUUUUUAUAAUGGAGCUGUGGUAUUGUGACUGGUUUUUAUAAUGGAGCUGUGGUAUUGUGACUGGUUUUUAUAAUGGAGCUGUGGUAUUGUGACUGGUUUUUAUAAUGGAGCUGUGGUAUUGUGACUGGUUUUUAUAAUGGAGCUGUGGUAUUGACUGGUUUUUAUAAUGGAGCUGUGGUAUUGUGACUGGUUUUUAUAAUGGAGCUGUGGUAUUGUGACUGGUUUUUAUAAUGGAGCUGUGGUAUUGUGACUGGUUUUUAUAAUGGGAGCUGUGGGUAUUGUGACUGGUUUUUUAUAAUGGAGCUGUGGUAUUGUGACUGGUUUUUAUAAUGGAGCUGUGGUAUGUGACUGGUUUUUUAUAAUGGAGCUGUGGUAUUGUGGACUGGUGUUUUUAUAAUGGAGCUGUGGUAUUGGACUGGUUUUUUAUAAUGGAGCUGUGGUAUUUGACUGGUUUUGUAUAAUGGAAGCUGUGGUAUUGUGACUGGUUUUGUAAUGGAGCUGUGGUAUUGUUGACUGGUUUUUGUAAUGGAGCUGUGGUAUGUGACUGGUUUUUGUAAUGGAGCUGUGGUAUUGACUGGUUUUUAUAAUGGAGCUGUGGUAUUGUGACUGGUUUUUAUAAUGGAGCUGUGGUAUUGUGACUGGUUUUUAUAAUGGAGCUGUGGUAUUGUGACUGGGUUUUAUAAUGGAGCUGUGGUAUUGUGACUGGGUUUUAUAAUGGAGCUGUGGUAUUGUGACUGGGUUUUAUAAUGGAGCUGUGGUAUUGUGACUGGGUUUUAUAAUGGAGCUGUGGUAUUGUGACUGGGUUUUAUAAUGGAGCUGUGGUAUUGUGACUGGGUUUUAUAAUGAAGCUGUGGUAUUGUGACUGGUUUUUAUAAUGGAGCUGUGGUAUUGACUGGUUUUUAUAAUGGAGCUGUGGUAUUGUGAGUGGUUUUUAUAAUGGAGCUGUGGUAUUGUGAGUGGUUUUUAUAAUGGAGCUGUGGUAUUGUGAGUGGUUUUUAUAAUGGAGCUGUGGUAUUGUGACUGGUUUUUAUAAUGGAGCUGUGGUAUUGUGACUGGUUUUUAUAAUGGAGCUGUGGUAUUGUGACUGGUUUUUAUAAUGGAGCUGUGGUAUUGUGACUGGUUUUUAUAAUGGAGCUGUGGUAUUGUGACUGGUUUUUAUAAUGGAGCUGUGGAAUUGUGACUGGUUUUUAUAAUGGAGCUGUGGUAUUGUGACUGGUUUUUAUAAUGGAGCUGUGGUAUUGACUGGUUUUUAUAAUGGAGCUGUGGUAUUGUGACUGGUUUUUAUAAUGGAGCUGUGGUAUUGACUGGUUUUUAUAAUGGAGCUGUGGUAUUGACUGGUUUUUAUAAUGGAGCUGUGGUAUUGUGACUGGUUUUGUAAUGGAGCUGUGGUAUUGUGACUGGUUUUGUAAUGGAGCUGUGGUAUUGUGACUGGUUUUGUAAUGGAGCUGUGGUAAUGUGACUGGUUUUUGUAAUGGAGCUGUGGUAUUGACUGGUUUUUAUAAUGGAGCUGUGGUAUUGUGACUGGUUUUUAUAAUGGAGCUGUGGUAUUGACUGGUUUUUAUAAUGGAGCUGUGGUAUUGACUGGUUUUUAUAAUGGAGCUGUGGUAUUGUGACUGGUUUUGUAAUGGAGCUGUGGUAUUGUGACUGGUUUUGUAAUGGAGCUGUGGUAUUGUGACUGGUUUUGUAAUGGAGCUGUGGUAAUGUGACUGGUUUUUAUAAUGGAGCUGUGGUAUUGACUGGUUUUUAUAAUGGAGCUGUGGUAUUGUGACUGGUUUUUAUAAUGGAGCUGUGGUAUUGACUGGUUUUUAUAAUGGAGCUGUGGUAUUGACUGGUUUUUAUAAUGGAGCUGUGGUAUUGUGACUGGUUUUUAUAAUGGAGCUGUGGUAUUGUGACUGGUUUUUAUAAUGGAGCUGUGGUAUUGUGACUGGUUUUUAUAAUGGAGCUGUGGUAUUUUGACUGGUUUUUAUAAUGGAGCUGUGGUAUUGUGACUGGUUUUUAUAAUGGAGCUGUGGUAUUGACUGGUUUUUAUAAUGGAGCUGUGGUAAUGUGACUGGUUUUUAUAAUGGAGCUGUGGUAAUGUGACUGGUUUUUAUAAUGGAGCUGUGGUAAUGUGACUGGUUUUUAUAAUGGAGCUGUGGUAUUGUGAGUGGUUUUUAUAAUGGAGCUGUGGUAUUGUGACUGGUUUUUAUAAUGGAGCUGUGGUAUUGUGACUGGUUUUUAUAAUGGAGCUGUGGUAUUUUGACUGGUUUUUAUAAUGGAGCUGUGGUAUUGUGACUGGUUUUUAUAAUGGAGCUGUGGUAUUGACUGGUUUUUAUAAUGGAGCUGUGGUAUUGUGACUGGUUUUGUAAUGGAGCUGUGGUAUUGACUGGUUUUUAUAAUGGAGCUGUGGUAUUGACUGGUUUUUAUAAUGGAGCUGUGGUAUUGUGAGUAAAAAAAAAAAAUGGUAAACCAAGUUUGGGGAAUCCCUGGACUAGAGGAGAAUUAGUCUUUCUCUAGUUCUCUUAUGUGACGGGGCCCUCUGCUGGUCACUGGUGUAUUGACAUCUGAAUCCCCCUCUACAGUUUCUCUGUUAAUGGGGAUAUCCUCACAGAUCAUUCCGUACCUUUUUAAUUUUACAGUAAUGACGUCUUGCAUGUGUCUUCCCUCCUAGAGAGCAAAUAUGGCGUUGAGACCAAAUCCAUCGCUGUAGACUUCAGUGCGUCUGACAUAUAUCCCAAGAUUGAAGCUGGUCUUACCGGGCUAGAGAUUGGUGUUCUGGGUAAGUGAGAGAGGCAGUCUUCGACAGUGACAGUUGUUUUUUGUGAAUCAUUCAGAGGGUAUGGUUCUCUGUGGAUGCCCUCCUUUGUUUAGAAGUUGGAAAUCAAGUGCAGAGAGGCAUUUGUUGAUCACUUCUUUCAUUCCCUUAAAUGAUCUUGUAUUUGAAAGUCCUGACUCUAUUCCGUAUGGCUUUUAUCCAUAGUGAAUAAUGUGGGAAUGUCCUACUCCUAUCCUGAAUUCUUCCUCAACGUUCCCAACCUGGAUAGUGUAAGUCUGAAUGGCCUUGUGGAUUGUUCACUUCCCAUCUAUUGUGUACCAAGAUGACCUAUGACCUCUAGAGGUCAAUCACACAUGCUGUUCUAUGAAAACAUUACGCCUCAGAGAUGAUGAACCCAGAACUAAAUAGUUUUUUGUUCUGCCCCUUGCAGUUCAUCGAAACAAUGGUGAACAUCAACAUCACCUCUGUUUGCCAGGUGAGUCCUCAUUAUGGGAAAGGAAGGCUAGCAAUACAGAAAUGAACAAUUGGGCGGCAGGUAGCUUAGUGGUUAAGAGCAUAGUGCCAGUAACCGAAAGGUCGCUGGUUCUAAUCCCCGAGUUGACUAGGUGAAAAAUCUGUCGAUGUGCCCUUGAGCAAGGCACUUAACCCUAAUUGCUCCUGUAAGUCGCUCUGGAUAAGAGCGUCUGCUAAAUGACCAAAAAAAUAAAAAAUAAAAAAUUGAUUAAUGAAGUCUUCUUUUUUCUUUUUUUUUAACUUUAUCUGUCACGCACCACAAUGAGUGAACACACACACACACACACACACACACACACACACAGUCUGCCAUGUAAGGGAUGAGGCAGAGGAUUGCUACCCAGCCCAAAGCGACAGCAUGCUUUCUGCUCUCUAACACCCACAAUCUCUCUCUCUCUCUUUAUGCAGAUGACACGUAUGGUGCUACCUGGGAUGGUAGAGAGGUACGUGGAGGGAGGGAGGGACGGAGGUGGUGAAGGUAUCUGGGGUUCCCAGGGAGGGAAUGGUUGUCAGUUAGUAGAGCCGCUCUGGUCAGUGAAGAUUCUCCCACUCGCUCUGCCCAAACUGUAACGCUUAUUCCCAAACUCUUAUGUGCUCAUGUACUGAGGUGUGAUGUUGUCCGGGACCAGAGGUUAGUUUUGUCUCUGAGCCCUAAACAUCAGAUUGAGUGUCACCUGUUUCAGGAAAAAGGGGGCCAUCCUCAACAUCUCUUCUGCCAGUGGGAUGUACCCUUGUCCCCUCCUCACGGUCUACUCUGCCUCGAAGGCUUUUGUGGACUUCUUCUCCCGAGGGCUGGAGGCUGAGUACAAGAGCAAAGGGAUCCUCAUCCAGGUGAGACUGAAGACUGACCUGUUUUAACCAAUGAUUUAUAUAUACACUAGAUGACUGGCAGGGGGCGCUGUGUUGAAGCCACCGUGCCUUCAGCUUGACACCCCCCCCCCACACAUUGUAAAACAUAUUUUGGAAGCUAUAGAAAUGCCUUUAUUAAUGUCUACAUUUGUUUUUGCCACAUUUAUUCUAUUACAGACACCUUCAUCCAUAUUUUAAAAUGCUAUGUGAGCUAAACAUAAAAGAAGAAUUAUGUAAAAACGUUUUCCUUAAUGUAUUGAGAUGACUAACGUUACUGUCCCCACUACAACAACAGAAAAUACUUAAAUACAUUUCAUUUUGAAAUACUGUAGAAUUCCAUUCAUUCCUAAUGGGGAGUGCCAAUAUGGCCGACGGGUGGCUUCAAAGCCUCUCAAUGGCCAAUACAUAGCAUCAGCAAUCCAGGGUUUAUAUACAUUAUUGGUUUUACCCCCCAGAAACCACCACAGCGUUAUCCCUCACACGUCUGACCUGUUUUACCCCCCAGAAGCCCCAACAAUGUUAUCCCUCACACGUCAGACCUGUUUUACCCCCCCCAGAAACCCCCACAAUGUUAUCCCUCACACGUCUGACUUGUUUUAUCCCCCAGAAACCCCCACAAUGUUAUCCCUCACACGUCUGACUUGUUUUAUCCCCCAGAAACCCCCACAAUGUUAUCCCUCACACGUCUGACUUGUUUUAUCCCCCAGAAACCCCCACAAUGUUAUCCCUCCCCCGUCAGCCAUGCUGUCUCUCCCGGUGGACAGGCUUGGUCAUAUGUAGCUGUGGUAGGAGUUUGUUCUGAAACCAGGGAGGGAGCAUCCAUUGUAAAUGUGAGUAACAGCCAUCUCUCCUCUCCAGAGUGUCCUGCCGUUCUUUGUGGCCACCAAGCUGAGUAAGAUCCGGCGGGCCACACUGGACAAGCCCAACCCUGACCGCUAUGUGGCCGCAGAGCUCAACACAGUGGGGCUGCAGAGCCAGACCAACGGCUACCUGCCUCACGCAGUCAUGGUAGGGGCGGGCUGACGAUACGAUACUUCAUUGUCCAUUUCCGUGGACAUUUUUAGGGUUCAGGAUGACCGCUUUUAUCACAAGGUUGAACAAGUAGCUACUUGUCAGGUUAUACCAGAUUUUACCGCAUCAGCUUACGAAGCUUCUUCGAUGAUAGUUAGCCACAAAUGAGCAUUGCUUGAAGCUCUCAUGCUUUUGCAAAUGCAUAACUAUUCCAGGGGUAAGUAUCUUAACGCAAGUUAAUAGGAAUGAAUACAGAAUUUGACUGUAAAUACCCACAAAUUAUGACAUUAACCAUGAAAACGAUUGAAGUAACAGGCAUGGAUUACCAGACCAGAUUGUAAGUGAUAAUGGUAUUUUAUUUUUUUCCUCAGGGCUGGCUGACCACCGUGCUGUGCCCUGCCAGGCUCCUGAACAGCUACAUCAUGGGAUUGCACCUGGGGAUGCGCUCCCGCUACCUGAAGAAACAGAAGCAGGGUUAAGAGACGAUCAGGGAAAAGGGGACGGCUCCUUCUGUCCUUACGUCAUCACGGACCAAGGACAGGGCUGUCAGACUGCUACUGUGUUGUCUACUGUGUUCUUCACUGAGCCCUGGCUUGGAUAAUGGUGUCUAUGGAGGAACUUCCUGGAGUUGGAACACCUUGUGUUGAAACAUUGACCAGCCACUUAAACAUAAUUCACUAAGUUAAAUUAAACUGUUGAAGUAACAUUUUCUUGUGGACAGGUAUUAGGAGCUGCUCUUGUGAGCUACGCUUUGGGGAAAAAAAACAAUGCUAGUUGCCACUUAUUUCUUCACAGUAAUGUUAUAUUCUUCUUGUUGGAGUCUAGGUGAACUCAGAUAAACCAAAUAUUUAAAUAAAUGGAUUUGACUCAUUAUGAAAGUUAAUUGGCAAAGGGCAGGAAAAUAAAAGUAAUCCCAGGAUUGCUUUACAAUGGAAAAGGUUGUUGUGGACAAAUCAUGUAUUAAUUAAUUAAAAUGAAUGUACUAAAGGGAGGAUAAGGAAACAGCAUUAACGUAAUGGUUCCUUUUUGCAUACUGGGUGGAUUGAUGUCCAGUUUGAAGGAGGAUAUUGUGUGUCUGCUAGCAUGUCAGCAACUAGGGAAUGGGUCGAGUUAGCCGGUUGGUCUUCAA